GCCGGCGGCGCGGGGCCGGAGCGCUGCCGGCCGUCCGUGCCCCCGCGCCUGCCGUGCCCCGGCCCCAUGAGCGGCGGCGCUGCUCGCUCCCGCCCGGCGCUGCGGUGGCGACGGCGGGCCGCCCCUGCAUGGCCCCGGCUGUGGAUAUGACCGCCGCGCCCACCGGGGUCCGCAGCGACGAGCUGCCCGCAUCCGCCUUCAGCAGUCCCGGCGGCGGCGGCGCGCUCCCCGUCGCGGCGGCGAUGGGCGGGGAGGAGGAAAGCGACAAGCCCAAGGUCUCCCCAUCCCUCCUGCCGUUCAGCGUGGAGGCGCUCAUGGCCGACCACAGGAAGCCGGGAGGCAGGGACGGACCCGAGGCCGCCGGGCCCCCGCCGGGCGCUGGGGCGGCCGCCCGCGCCAGCCUCAGCCCCCGCCUGGGCGCGCUGUCGGCGGAGGCGCCGCCGUCCCCGCUGCCCCUCGGCGGGCACUUCUCCGUCGGGGGGCUGGUGAAGCUGCCCGAAGACACGCUCGUCAAGGCGGAAAGCCCCGAGAAGCAGGAGCGGAGCCCCUGGAUGCAAACCCCCCGGUUCUCGCCGCCUCCCCCGAGGCGGCUGAGCCCCCCUGCCUGCACCCUGCGCAAGCACAAGACGAACAGGAAGCCCCGGACGCCCUUCACCACGGCGCAGCUGCUGGCCCUGGAGAGGAAGUUUCGGCAGAAGCAGUACCUGUCCAUCGCCGAGCGUGCUGAGUUCUCCAGCUCGCUCAGCCUCACCGAGACCCAGGUGAAGAUCUGGUUCCAGAACCGUCGUGCCAAGGCCAAGAGGCUCCAGGAGGCCGAGCUGGAGAAGCUGAAGAUGGCAGCCAAGCCCAUGCUCCCGCCUGCUGCUUUCGGCAUCUCCUUCCCACUGAGCGGCCCAGCCGUGGCCGGCGCUUCCCUGUACGGCGCCUCCAGCCCUUUCCAGCGGGCAGGGCUGCCUGUGGCUCCUGUGGGACUGUACACAGCACAUGUGGGAUACAGCAUGUACCACCUCACAUAGAGCCCGAGCCCAGCCCAGCACUGCUGGCUGGCUGCUCCUGCUGGCUCCACACACACUCCCUCCCUGCUCCUCCGGCUCUUCGCUGUGGACUUCCCCAUGGACCCUAUGGCAGAGACUCCUCCAGUCUGGCUCUGUUUGACUUCU